AUGUCAACCAACGGCAAUUCCAACAAGGCGCUUGAUCCAAACCAGGGAGGGGAUGCAACGAAGAAGACCUACCACAAGCAGCCGACUGGAGAAGCGAAGAAGACUGCCGAUGCACAUUCCAAAGAGAACGAGUUGAAGCUGUAUGGGAGUUGCUUCUGCCCAUUCGUCCACCGAGUCUGGAUUUCGCUUGAACUCAAGGGCUUGGACUAUGAAUAUGUCGAGGUGGACGUGUAUCGCAAGCCAAAGCUGCUUCUCGACAUUAAUCCUCGUGGACUUGUUCCCGCUCUUCGCCACGGAGACUGGGGGAUGUACGAAUCCACUGUUGUCAUGGAAUACCUGGAAGAUUUGAACGAAGGAAAAGCACUCCUGCCAAGAGACCCAAAACUACGCGCCCAUUCUCGGCUGUGGGUGGACCAUAUCAACCGUCAUAUCAUCCCAGCUUUCUACAAAUACCUACAGGCCCAAGAGCCCGCCGAUCAAGUCAAAUUUGCAGGGGAGCUGAAGGACCACAUAUCGAAAGCAGUCGAUGCCGCUGAUGAGGAAGGCCCAUUCUUUCUGGGCUCUGAGAUGGGUUUCGUCGACGUGCAGUUGGCACCGUGGGUUGUGCGACUUGAGAAGGUGUUGAAGCCAUACAGAGGCUGGCCAUCGCCCGAGCCAGGCAGCCGAUGGGAGAAGUGGGUCAACGCGAUUGAACAGAGCGAGCCAGUGAAGAGAACGACCAGCAAUGAUGAAUUGUACCUGGACAGCUAUGAGCGUUACGCGGAGAAUAGACCCAACACGUCCCAGGUACGAGAUGCCAUCAACUCGGGAGGUGGGCUGCCUUGA